CAAUAAAUAACAUUUUAAACAAACGGAAUACAUUUUAGUUGUUAACAAUCGUUUAAAUAAAGCAAAUACAAGAACUUAUAAUUACAACUUAUUCCAAUGCCCAUGCCAAGAAUGGAUAUCUAUAUAACAAAGGGCAUCACCAACCCCAACUACCCAGGAUUUCAGAAGUUCGCGCAUACCCUUUCCGAUGACUACAUAGAGUACUCCGACAUGGAGUGCAAUGAGAGCGAUCUAACCGACAGCGAUAGAGAAGAUGAACAACCAAACACGUUUCCAAGUAAGGUGUCCAAGGAAUCGGGAUCGGAAACCUUUAAGAAUGCCCAAGAUUCGAUUUUAAGUAACUGCGACAAUGGAAACACAUAUAUACCAGAAGAGGAAAGCGUGAACAGAUCGGAAAAUAUUCCGGAUAUUGUAAAUGAGAACUAUAGUGCAACUUCGGAAAACUCCAAGCGAGCUUUGCAAAAACCGGACCUUAUCUACAAUCUAAGCCAGAAUUAUACGACCAAUCCUGAGUUUUCAUCCUGGUCAUGUACAAUUAAUUCGAAAUACGAAGGUCAGUUGCAAGGCCAAAGCCCUAUCGAUAUUGUUGGGGAUUUUGGCGGAGAAGUGGAGCGUGAAUUCGAGCUACUUCUCACUGGAUAUAAAAACAAGAAGGAAGCGGAUGAGUUAAAGGGAUCAAAUAUAGAUAAGAUUUGCGAUGCAGAACUAUCAAAUGGAACGGAGGCUCUCAAGCAAACAUCCUCGACGCGAUUGUCCGGAAAUAGUACUCGGAAAAAUAAAAAGAAGAACACUCCAUACGGACAUCAGAUCGUGAAAACGAAGCAUCCAAAGCCGUCGCAUGACGAACGUCAGUUGCCACCGGACACGUUCGACUACAAAACGUAUAGCCAACGAAAAUAUAUCAUUUGUGAUGCUGACCAAUACUCGUCCGUUCCGGAAAAGAACAAAAACGAUAGUCAGAACAUAAAUCAGGCUGAAAUACCCAACUUAAGCAGCUUGGAAAUCGGUGGAAGUGGAAGCCAGCAGAAUCUGGACGAGGACAAUAACAAGGUGGCUAGUCGGAAGUACUUAAAUCAAUCGCGGUGGUCUCAGUACUUGGAAGAUCCCAUCAAGUACUCCAAAGAUCCAUGUUCUACCAUGGUUUUAGAACAAUUUGAUGCGUACAAGAUUGCAAAUGAUAUGGAUGUGGAAACAUUGCAAAACCAUUAUAAAAAGGUUAAACAGAUAGAGAAAAAGCGGCGAUUCAAUCGAGAUGAGAUACGCAAGAGAUUGGCGAUCGGAGAUAAAGAUUCAUUAAAUAAUGAUAUCAAGAAGGAGGAAUUUCUAACCGGAUCGGAUAAUGAAAGUUAUAGCUCCGACUCUGAGACGUGUCCAAAACUAUCAAGUGGUGUACACCGGAAGCAAUCGGAUUUCUGUGAAACGAAACGCAAUAAGGAAUUUGAAAACGAUAAAAUCUUUCAAAAGAACCAAAUCAACCAAGAUAAAAGCAUGAAUCAUAUGAAUGGCAAUCCCAUUGGUACAACAGAUUAUCCGUCGGAUGAAAACUUGUUUUUCUUUGCGAAUCAAUCAAAACUUCAAAUAGAGGUUAGAAUAGCACUAGCUCAAUCGAAGGAAAUAGCUCAGAUGAAAGUGAAGGCAAGAAAACAUGGCGUAACUCCCAUUGUGGACGUAAUUCGAUCAAUGCUGUGUGAUGUUGGCAUCCAAAUGAACUCCAACCAUCGAUGGAUUUCGAGGCAGCUGCUCACUGGAAUCCAAGUUCCGACUCUCCAGCUAUUGGUCAACAAUCUCCAGGAGUAUAUUGAAAACCUGAACGUUACACUACUGGAGAGCCUUAAGGAGCGAGACGAUCUAAAUUCGGACCAAGAUGAUAUAUUACACGAUCUCGAAAAAAUAAAUAACUUUUUUGUUUUCCAACAGCAAUCUGGACAGCAAGUCAAUAAAAUAGUUAGACACGGCCAUUUAGAUUAAAUUAAACACUUGAAAUUGCAUAUUUUAUUAACAACAUGUUUACAAAUAUUAUAAUCACUUGUAUAAUUGAUAACAAUCUACCGAGACCGUUUAUAAAACACAUACUCAAAUGUUCUUCAAACACUGUUAUAUUUAUGUAAUUAUAUAAAGCUAAAUAAAU